UUGACAUACCGCGAUAUCAUCAUCUUUGUUGCCCAAGCACAAUGCUUGUUCCUCGACAUCAUGGCUUUCAUGGACUUCGUUGAGAUAGUUCAACCUCGUCUCACCUCAGGCUGGUCCUCUUGGGGUCCACUUGAUGGGAACUCAAGAUGGAUGGGCUGCUUUACUACUGAUUCAAAGACUUGUGAUAUAUUUCUCAAUGCUGGCAUGCCUGUGUGGCUUGUUCAUGCAGAGGCUUAUAUUUCUCCCCAGAUGAACAUCAUCAAACUGGUUGUCCUGACAUUCCCAGAUGAUCUGACGAGGAACAUCUAUUGUGAAGGCAACAUCGCGUGGCCAUUCCCCCUCCUG